CAUACCAGCGUCCUGAUCACAGCCACACCCUAUACCAGCAUCCUAAACACCCGCCAUACCCCAUACCAGCAUCCUGAUCACCACCAUACCGCAUACCAGCGUCCUGAUCACCGCCAUACCCCAUACCAGCAUCCUGAUCACCUCCAUACCCUAUUCCAGCAUCCUGAUCACCGCCAUACCCCAUACCAGCAUCCUGAUCACCGCCAUAACCCCAUAACCAGCAUCCUGAUCACCACCAUACCCCAUACCAGCAUCCUGAUCCCCUCCAUACCCCAUACCCAGCAUCCUGAUCCCCCUCCAUACCCC